CUUCCUUCUUGUCGCAUCGUGAUUACGUAGCAAAGAGGUAGCUAUCCACUUGCAAAAGGCAUGCAAGUAGAUACAAGAUAAAUCGAUCAUUGUUCAUUUGACCUUCCAUUACAGUUUACAGUGGACUUUGGUACACCCAUCAUGGCGUCUUUGUGACGACUAGAAAAUUAUCCCUUCGUUGUGCAACUACUAAUGCCUUUGUGGACGUGCGAUAGCGAAAUCCUAGUAAGCUCCCACAGAAAGCACGUUAACGUUUGAUAGUUUGUAUCUAUGGCAUCGCAUUUCUAUUCUCUCGAAGCAAUUCGAAACAAGAUAGAUGAAGUCAAGCAAUUCCUUUCUGUUUCGCUGAGCAUAGCGAAUGCACACACUGUUGAUUUUUACACGCGCGAUGUGUGGGAUCAGUUUAUGUUUGUGCCACCAGCGGAGUUGCUAGCAGCAAUCUCAGGUGCUGUCCACAAGAGGCCGUCAGUUGACUGUGAUAUCAAAGCUGAACUUGCAGAUAAGACAAAGACCAAGACAACGUUUGGUUUCUGCAAUGAAACUAAGCGGCUGGUGAAUGUGGACGAGCUGUUGAAAGCUGCCAAGGCCCACUCCCUGCCUGGUCUCGGGGUGUGCAUGUCCAGGAACGAACUGCUGGAGUCCCUCAAAGUCACUGACCCCUCACCCCCGGAAGAAGGAGCUGUGAUAGAGCCGGCCGAGUUUAUGAACUCUAAGAAAUCGCAUGAGGUCCGGGCCAUGUCGGAGCUGGUGUCUAGUUUAGCCAGACACUGCAGAGUAAAACAGGUGAUUGAUGUGGGCUCAGGUAAGGGCUAUCUGUGCUCCUUCCUGUCUCUGCAGUACGGCCUCAGGGUGUAUGGCAUCGACUCCUCCAGCACCAACACGCACGGCGCCCAGGAACGAAACAGGAAGUUGAAGAAGUACUCCAGGGCUUACCAAAAACACAGUCAAGCCGGCAGGAAGGUGAGGGGAGGAGCCUGUGCAGGAGAGGAGACACCUGUGGAUGACAACCCAGAGAAAGUGGAUACCAGCAAGCCUAGUUGGGUUGAGAAGGCAGACUGGAGGAGAGAGGCCGUGUCCCAGCCUAGCACCGCAGAAUCAUGUCCACCGGAGAAAGAAGUGACGUCGCAGAGCGACGAGGAGAAGAUCCCAUCUUCAUCCCUCCCCUCUGUCCCCAAGUGGUCCGAGGUCAACUCCGUAGCCGAUGGAGCCACUGACCCGGAGACCCCAGAAUCAGAGGCAGGUGAUCUGUUCCUCAGCACCCUAUCUGUGGAUGCGAUCGACCCUGUGUGCCCCAGGACUCCCCCCAGCGAGCUGAGCGUGGAGGAGAGGGAGAGGAGGAAGAGGGAGAACCUGCAGAGGAAGGCCCAGAACAGGACCAACGGGAACGGCGGCCUGUACUCACCUUUGACCUCCUACGUCACCGCGGAGACGGAGCUACGAGAGAUCAUCUCUGAGCUGGAGGAUGCCGUCAUGGUCGGGCUGCACACGUGUGGAGACCUGGCUCCCAGCACCCUGCGCAUGUUUGCUGCCAAGCCAGAGCUGCUGUCUGUCUGCAGUGUGGGCUGCUGUUACCACUUCCUGUCUGAGGAGUACGACCCCAGCACACAGGACUGUCCAGUGAGCGGUGUGUGUGGGUUCCCCAUGAGCCGGUACCUGAGAGACCAAUCGUGGUUCUGUGGUAGAAACGCCAGAAUGUCAGCCUGCUUGGCUUUGGAGAGAGUGGCAGUUGGCCAAGGGAUUCAGAUGGAGUCCCUCUUUUACAGGGCGGUUCUACAUGUCAUUUUAAGAGACCACUACAGUUCCUUCAAAAGUGAGAGGCGAGUGGGAAACGUGUAUUCCAAGGCCAGCUCGUUCGUGGACUACGUCCGCAAGGCAGUCAGAAGAUUGGGGCUGGACGAGUCAAAGCUCUCAGACAGUGCCAUCCAGGAUUACCAGGACAUGUACACACCAAGGAUGUGUGAGAUGCAAGCCUUUAAUAUGCUGAAGGUAACGCUGGCACCCUGCAUCGAGGGCUUGAUCCUGCUUGAUCGUCUCUGCUACCUGAAGGAACAGGAGGACGUGUCAUUCUCCACGCUGGUGCAGCUCUUUGAUCCGGUGUUGUCGCCGAGAUGUUACGGUGUUGUGGGAGUGAAGACACCUGGGACAGCAUGAGACCCCCGACCGAGCCGUCAGCGGGCUGCAUCGCUCCUGCAGUACCGCUGCCUUUUUCUGUGUUAACCUGUUUCAGGUUUUUAUGCUGUACUAAAUCUAAAAGGAACAUUAAACAAACAG